ACUACCACAAGCGUCAAUGUAAUGAUGCCUUCGAAAGCUUUUCGUUUUCGACGCAAUGGCUACGAGGAUCUGGAUAAGUGCAAUCAAUCAUCAGAGGAAAGUCUGCCUCGCUUAGCGUGCUCUGAGAGUCGAACACAAGCGACAGCCGUUACAGCAUUUGGUCAACGAAAUCAACCAAAACAUCGCAUUUUCUCAAUUUCCGACACGGCAUUAAAUCUUACGCCAGCGGCGACAUCUAACACCAAACACCAUCCAGCACCUGCAAGCAGCCUGACCCAACAGCAAUCGUCGUCGUCGUCGCCGUCGCCACGUUGCGCCCUCCGCAAUCAAUCAACGCAGAGUCUCAAUAAUGGUAUUAGCCUUGGUUCAAUUGUGCUGGUGCGUUCACAUGGCACUUGCACCGCACAAGACUGUGGCGAAGGCGCUGGGCAAAGUUGCUCCAGCUUUAACCUUGGAUACCAUCAUGUCACCAAGAAGCAAAGUAGCGAUGCCGCCGCCAAAAAGUGGGAAUGUGGGCGCAAGCAAAAUAUUCGUUUACUUUGCUUUACAUUCUUUUAUUGUGUUUACUUAGCAAUUGGCAGUGUUUGCUUUCAAAUUGUGGAAACACCGGUCGAAGGGGAAUUGCGUACUGCUGUGCGUUUGCUGCGCGCCAACUUCCUGCAAAAGUAUCCUCAAAUACCGGACGAAGAUCUCGAAGAGUUUCUCAAAGCGGUGAUUACGGCUAACGAUCGCGGCAUAUCACCGUUGCGCAAUGCCACAAAUGAAAUGAACUGGAGCUUUGGUCAAGCAUUCUUCUUCUCCAGCACGGUGAUAACAACAAUCG